AUGAAUUCUAACUCCAAAGAUCAUGCGGCCGGCACAUCUCCGGCAGAAGCCCCCCGCCUGUGCUCCGGCGGCUGCGGAUUUUACGGUACGGCGGAUAACAAAGGCCUGUGCUCCAAGUGCUACGUGGCCCACCUCAGUAAUUUGAUGGCGGCCGUUAAUAUUCGAGAUUCAGAUAAACCGUCCGAUUUUGCGAAACCCGAUAUAGCGAUUAUUAAUGGGUCGCCAGAUUUUGUGGAGAAAAAGCGAUGUGGAGUUUGUAACAAAAGGGUGGGAUUUGUAGGGUUUGUGUGUAGGUGUGGUGUGACGCACUGUAAGGCGCAUAGGCACCCUGAAGAUCACCCAUGCCGGUUCGAUUUUAAGAAAGCCGGCAGGGAUUUAAUUAGGAAGGAAAACCCGGUUUGUCAAGCGGACAAGAUUACAACCAGGGUUUGA